UUUGGUGUAUGGCAACCAACUAUCACUCAGUCCCAGCUUGUCUGGGUGGCAAGAUAGACUGGAAUGCCCAAGGGGACUGUCUGGGAUUCCAUGGUAAGACUUGUAUCAGAGGGGUAGCCGUGUUAGUCUGGAUCUGUAAAAGCAGCAGAGAGUCCCGUGGCACCUUAUAGACUAACAGAUGUAUUGGAGCAUGAGCUUUCGUGAGUGAAUCCCCACUUCGUCGGAUGCAUGGUAAGACUGUUAUAGUUCUUCAGGAGUUCACAUUUGUUACUGAUUUGGUGAUAUUUAAUUAUAGAACAUACAGCCGGUUUAGGGUGUUUUGUCUGCCUUUUAACAGUCUGCCCUGGGGUUGGCACACACAGUCGUGAAGCACUCCAGACAGCAUGACACUUUCCCUCUGAUCCUGCUGCUAGAGGUUGAGCGUUACAGAGCUUGCCUGGGAUGCAGGACUGAAAGAGCAGUCAAUUUUCCUUUCUUUUGCUAAAUGCUCAUUCUGGUCACAGAGCAUCUUAUUAAGCAGGUUUGCAGCCCCUUUUCCAAUGAUAUGCCAUCUUAAAUGGCUUUCUCCUCAGUUCUGCCUAAUCUGAUCAUAAUGGCUCAUAUGUAACCCAGACCUUCCUCUAGCUCUCUUAUCCUGGUUUUAUUUCCACAGUGAGAUAUGCGGGUUCUGGCACUGAUCAUGUACAAGACAUCUGGGGACAGAAGUGCUGAUCUUAUUUUAUUCUAAUUUCAUGCAGAGAGUAAAUCAGUGAGAGCUCAAAUCAACCCUUUACUACUUACAGUGCUGGUCUGGUGGACAUAUGCCCGUGACUCAACCUGUCUAAAAUGAACCUAUUAACAUUAUGAAAAUUACACCGUUUACCACUGGGAGACGAGGGCCAGCGGUCAUUAUUUUCCUAAGACUUUUCAUAGUUUGGUGAUCUUCACUGGGCACCUCUAGUGACAAAAAGUUCCACUCUGCCCUGCAAUGGGUAAACGGGUGUCUUCUCCCUUGUAAACAUGUUGCCUGCCUCUUUCUUCCCUCCAUUAGGUCCCACUCUGUAUUCCCACCUAGCUUACUCAGCUUCGUCCCUCCACUCACUAAGGCAAGGAACUAGAUAGCAUGGCUCUUCCUUCCUUCAUGUUCUUUAGGAUUGUGCUCCAGGAUCCUGGAUGGGGUAGGGGUUUCAACUAAGUGACUUCUUCCUGCUCUAGAAAUUCCUCCGAGUCAUGGCACUCCUUGAAAUGUGAAAACAUUUCUAAUUGGGUUAGCAACAGGUUAGCUACAUGGAUAUAACACAUCCAUGAAUCUAAUCUGUGUCUAACGCAAUUUCUGUCUAUAAACUGAUGAAAUCUCCUGGAAAAUCAAGACAGAAAGUAAAAAGACCCUCAUACUCCUCCCAGUAUUCCCCACCUCCUUGAAACACACAAGAUACCUGAGGCCCCAGCCUUCCUCUAAGUACUAGAGAUGCCCUUUGUAGUUUGCUGGGUUUCUUUUCUUUAUCUGCAACAACAGCAGCCUGUUGUCAACAAGGUUAAACAAACAAUCUGCUGAUAAAAUGACUUCCAGGUUGCUCUUUCCAAGGCCAGAGUUUACAGGCUGUUUUGCUACUGGGCUCUUGCUCCAGACAAAGGCUGUGUGUGUGUGUGUGUGUUGUGUGAACUCUUUGGCAAUGACACCUGUCAUAUAGCAUUGCCUGAUUACACACCUGGGGCCUUGGUGCCAUGGUACGGGCUAGGUUAAUGACUUUAUUUAUAUUGUUUGGGUAAUCCAGAUAAGAAGGCCACUCAAUCUGCCAUCCCGAUCCUGUCCCAUCCUCCUGGCCCCAACUGGCACUUUCAUUGAGAAAACGCUUAUCGGCACCACGUGGAGGCCCCACUUCCCUAGCCAAUCAGUCCAGGGUCGAGUUGUUUUUUCAAUGAAGCUGCUCAGUCAAAGAGAGGUCAAGGCUGCUAAGGGGGUGUUUCACUCAUCACAUAGCCUUAUAAAUAGAGCCAGGAAUAACAGCUAAGGAGGUGAGAGGGGCUACUGAGCUGGGAGAAGCAGGCCGCAGUCAGAGAGCUUUGACUGAUACAGCAGCAUUUGCAAGGGACCAGGCGUGCUCACAGAUCCAUCCGGCCAGGUGCACUAGAGUUUCAUCCUCCUUGGGACCUGACGGGAUCUGCUUGCCAGGCUUAGCAAUGACCACAUGCAGCAUGGACCUGGACUGUGAGAGGUGCCAGUGCCACAGUGAGGAGAAUCGGAACGCCAUACUCUACACCCUCCUGAGCCAGAACCUGAACCACAAAUGGGGCAGCCAUAGUCCAUCCCAGCAGCGCUGCCUGUGCCAGAGGCGUCGCACCGUCUGCCUCCAAACACCUCAGGUCACCUGCCAGGCAGCCUCUGAUGUCCUUGUGAAAACGGUCAGCUUCAUGAAGAACCUGCCCUCCUUCCAGCUGCUGCCCCGGGGAGACCAGCUGCUGCUUCUGAAUAGCUGCUGGGCUCCCCUCUUCAUUCUGGGGCUGGUUCAGGAGAUGGUGACAUUCGAGGUGAUGGAAACCCCAGCCCCUAGCAUGCUCAAAAGGAUUCUCCUUGAUGACCAGAGUAAGAGACGGGAACCUGAGAGGACACAGCCCACCCUAGCCGGGGUGCAGCGGCUCCAGUGCUGCCUGAAUACAUUCUGGAGCCUGGACCUGAGCCCUAAGGAGUAUGCUUAUCUGAAAGGAGCCAUUCUCUUUAAUCCUGAUGUUCCAGGUCUGAGGGCCUCUUUGUACAUCGAGAGCCUCCAACGAGAAGCACAGAGAGCGCUCCGAGAAGUCCUAGUGCCCCUCCACCCAGAGGACCAGGGCCGCUUUGCCCGCAUCUUGCUGAUUGCCUCCACCUUAAGGUCCAUUCCUCCUGCACUUAUCACAGACCUCUUCUUUCGACCAAUCAUUGGCAAUGCAGACAUUAUUGAAGUGAUCACUGAAAUGCUGUAUGAAAUAACCUGCAGGCAACUUAAUCUUUCAUCACACACAGCUUCCUGAGAGCUCAGAUUCAGCGGCCACUCUCACAUGCACCUCCUGAGCAUUGAGCUGAGUUUCAAGGGACAGUAACGUUAAUCUGGGAAUGGGGAUUUAGUGGGAAAGAUACUGUGGACUUGCAGACACCUGGAUUUGUGUUUGUAUUUCACUUAGGCUCAGGCAACAGCUUCAGCGUUGAAAAUCUCAGCUAAGGCACAAAACAUUUAAGGAUGUAACUCUUAUUUAGCAUUUGUUACAGCAGACAUCAGCCCCUGUACAUACUGAACUCAUAAAGCCAAGUCGUUUCUGAAGUAUGUGUGAUGUUACUAUUUCACUGCACAGCAACAUGAAAAAAAGCAUGGCCAAUGUCCUUAAAACAUUCCAUACAAAAUAAUCCUCUGGGCUGACAUUUUCCCUGAGAAAUAUUCAGGUCAGAGAAGCACUUAUCUGAGAAAGAAGGAGAUUGAAUCCAGGGCUUUGAACCAAAUGAAGUCUUACCGUUUUU